AUGCAUUUGUCUCAAAACUGGCGUUUGGCUAGUGUGUUUUCUCUGGCAGUUUCUGCUACUGCUCUUGCCGGAUUCAAAGCCAACGACAUAAUUUUACGCGAUGUGGCAAUCCUCGGAGGCGGUGCUACUGGCACCUAUGCCGCCGUGCAAUUGAGAGAGCAGGGAUACAGUGUGGCUCUCGUGGAAAAGAAUGAACGCCUCGGAGGUCAUGCAGAAACACUUUACCUUCCCAAUGAUGAGUAUGUCAACUAUGGUGUAGAGGGAUACUUCAACAACGACAUCACCACGAAAUUUUUUAGUCAGCUCAAUGUCGACUAUGAGGGACUUCUUCCAGGCUCAAUCAUUUCAGAACAUGUCAACUUUAACACGGGCGAAAGGGUUCUUCCCGGCAGCGAGAUAUUGGGUACUACGGCUGGUGCUGUUUUGUACCGUGCUUCGAUUGAGCAGUUCGACUACCUCUCCUCUGGAGCCUACUACCUCCCUGACGAGGUCCCCGAAGUUCUCCUCCAUCCUUUCCGUGAGUUUGUUGAGGCAAACGCCUUGCAAGGAGCGUUGGAUGUAAUUUUCAUGUUCGCCGAGAAUGUAGGCAAUAUUCUUGAUGCCCCGUUGCUUUAUAUUAUCCAAAAUUUCGGCAUUACCCACAUCAACGCGUUGCUAGAAGGAGGGUACAUUCGGCCAAAGAACGGUACGUACGAACUCUUCCGCAAAGCUGCGAACUACAUCGACGACGAGAACAUCUUCUAUGAAAGCGUUGUGACCCAGGCGAAGCGCAACUCUACCGGCGUGGAGUUGGUUGUCGAGAACGCGGACGGGAGUCGCAAGCUUAUUAAAGCAAAGAAGCUUCUGAUUACAUUCCCUCCCACUCUGUCCGCUCUGGAUGGCUUUGACCUUCGCAAGGAGGAAUCCUGCUUGUUUGCCAAAUGGGAUCAUAAGAAUUACUACGCUGCGGCCAUCGCCAACACCGGUCUUCCCGACGGAAUCAACGUUGCAAAUACCAACCCAGAGAACCAGCCUGGUAGUCUUCCUCUGCCUCCAUUCCAGUGGGAGCUCGAGUAUUCUGGCGUGUCGGGAUACUUCAUGACGAAGAUCGUGGCCGAGGCAGAUUUCACCGCCGAAGAUGCCAAGAAGCUGAUCAAAUCCGAUCUUAAGCGCAUGGGUGAGACCGGUGUAUUCUCUACCAAAGAGCCUGAAAUCGCCGCUUUCGCAUCCCAUUCACCCGAAACUCUCAUUGUCUCCACGGAUGAUGUGAGAGAUGGAUUCUACAAGAAGCUCUAUGCUUUGCAGGGUCAGCAGAGUACGUACUAUACUGGAUAUACUUUCUGCACAGACUACUCGACUCCGCUGUGGAACUAUACCAGCAGUGUGUUGGACAUGAUGGAUCUGUAG